AGGGAAGAAGGGAAGCCCAGAGACCACCAGUACCCUGAACCCCUCACUUCAACGUAAGCAUAAGAGCCUGCCCGGUGCUGGGACCCGGACAUGGACACACCUACUGCCAGAAGACAGUAUGAGCCGUAACGGAGAAAUCUGAACCUGGACUGGGAUACUGUACUGUGUGGACACGUCUUCCUCUCACAACUGAUUUUACAGACCUAAGAUCACCACUUCACAUUAGUGGAGCUGUGAGCAUAUGGAGAGAAAAGAGUAAGACCAGUGGCCCACUAAAUUGCAGCUUAAGGUUCCUCAACCCAACUUCCCACUUUUGAGAACUCCUGGAUUGCUGAAAUAGAAGACCCAAACGACAGUCUUUUACAAUACAUCUUGGGCAGGACUCAGAAGGAAUGGCUUGUCUCUGCCUCUGCUCCAUCUGGUGUGACUUGACCAGCUGCCAGAGGUUGACCAGCUGCCAGAGGAUCCACAUCCAAGAUGGCUCAGUCAAGUGGCAAGUUGGUGUUGCCUGUUGCCUGGGGUUGUCGGAUUCCCUGAGGUGUCUGCUUUCUAGGCUGCGGGCCUCCCGGGUGCUGCUUGUUGGCAUGAAAGGACUUGGGGCUGAAAUUGCCAAGAAUCUCAUUCUGGCGGGAGUGAAAGGACUGACCAUGUUGGAUCCUGAACAGGUAUCUCCAGAAGACCCCGGAGCUCAGUUCUUGGUCCGUACUGGAUCUGUUGGCCGUAACAGGGCUGAAGCCUCUUUGGAGCGAGCCCAGAAUCUCAACCCUAUGGUGGAUGUGAAGGUGGACAUUGAGAAUAUAGAAAAGAAGCCAGAAUCAUUUUUCACUCAGUUUGAUGCUGUUUGUCUGACUUGCUGCUCCAGGGAUGUCAUAGUCAAAGUUGACCAGAUCUGUCACAAAAAUAGCAUCAAGUUUUUUACAGGAGAUGUUUUUGGCUACCAUGGAUACACAUUUGCCAAUCUUGGAGAGCAUGAAUUCGUAGAGGAGAAAACCAAAGUUGCCAAAGUUAGCCAAGGAGUAGAAGAUGGACCUGAUACCAAGAGAGCAAAACUUGAUUCAUCUGAAACAACUAUGGUCAAAAAGAAGGUGGUCUUUUGCUCCAUUAAGGAAGCUCUGGAAGUGGACUGGAGCAGUGAUAAGGCAAAGGCAGCUCUGAAGCGAACAACUUCGGAUUACUUUCUCCUUCAAGUGCUCCUGAAGUUCCGUACAGAUAAAGGAAGAGAUCCUAGUUCUGAUACCUUCGGGGAAGAUUCUGAGUUGUUGCUCCAGAUUCGAAAUGACGUGCUUGACUCCCUGGGUGUUAAUCCUGACCUGCUUCCUGAAGAUUUUGUCAGGUACUGCUUCUCUGAGAUGGCCCCAGUGUGUGCAGUGGUUGGAGGGAUCCUGGCCCAGGAAAUUGUGAAGGCCCUGUCUCAAAGGGACCCUCCUCACAACAACUUCUUCUUUUUUGAUGGCAUGAAGGGGAAUGGGAUUGUGGAAUGCCUCGGCCCCAAGUGAACCUAAGACUUGGCAGCCCUGGAGAUGCUGACCUGCAGCCUGCCCACAUGUGUGCCCUGUCCCCUUCCCCCACGAAGGCAACUCCAGACAGGGGAAAAGUGAAGCCAUUGGACCAAGUACAAACCAUUUUCUGCGAGCACUGAGCUUGUACAGAUGUUUGACUUCCAUGCACCAACAGCUGCUCAGCAAAGGGUGUAGGGACUGGCUGUCUGUUGCAGCACUGUGGAGGGCUGUUUGCCAGCCAUCACCUGAAUGCCCCCACUGAUGCAUCCCUCUGUCCUGGUGCUGCCACGGCAUCACCAGCCCUCUGGGGCCCUGCAGAAGACACCUGCCAGGAACCAGCACGCCUCGUUAUGUAGGAUCCUCUUGCCACCUUCUUGGAGUUACUCCCUGCCCGCUGUCAUACAGAGAAAAGCAGGACUCCAGGUGGAGAAUAAGGCUGGGCCUGAUGAAACACUAGUGGAGCAACAGUUCCAAAUGCAGACAGGUGCCCUAGAGGGGAAAAGACGUGGCAGGCGGGAUGUAUUUCCUCCAGAGUUUGAGACCCUGAAAAACAACAGGUGGCAUCUGGUGUGCUGUUCUUGAGUUUUAGUUCAGGAUUAGUUGGGUUUCAGCCUGGAUUUUGGAAGAGAGGAAAUGUUACCAAAGUUCCCUUGGGCUUUAGGGCGAGACCUUGCUAAGUGAACGUGAGUGGGAAAACUUGUUUUAAAAAGGCAGAUUCCAGGGUCCCACCCUCUGAGGAUUCUGAUGUAUUGGGGCCCAAGCUGGGACAUAGGAGCCUGUCUUCUCAGGGCCCCCCCACACCUGAUGCGGCUCAGGCCGUCCUGGAAGUUGCUUUAAAGGGCUGUGCCAUUCCUUCUUUACCCGCCUUCCCCGACCCCCAAAUUGAAUUGCAGCUGUUUGUGUUGUUUUAUAUUUUCUAUAUUUCCUUGGUUCUUGAAAAAGGAAUGAUAGAAAUAAAGUUAUUUGCUUUAGGAUUUA